AUGGCUUAUCUAGUUCAUUCUCUACGGGUAGACUCUAAUGUCCCUUGGAGGACUUGCAAUAACACAUGGAAUACCUACCGAUGUCGGUCAGAAUACGAUCCAGUAACUUGUGAAAAUAAUCGUUCAAUUGCUGAUUAUUUUAACGUUAAAAUAUUAACAGCCGAUCAUUUAAAUGAAUACAAAAAACAAUUUUUUAUUGGCCCUAAAGUUAAUUUUACAAUAUGUACGGAAGCGGAUAUGAAUGUACACUCUCCCGUCAAGGAAUUUUGGGACCGUCGCGUAUUGGGUAUUAGCACAGGAAUUGAACAUGUCGGCUCUUUAAGGCAUGAUUUAGCCUUGUAUUUAAUGAUUUGUUGGAUGAUUUGUUAUUUUUGUAUUUUUAAAGGGGUUAAAUGGACCGGAAAGGUUGUUUAUUUAACCGCUUCUUUCCCUUAUUUGAUGCUUUUUUGUUUGUUAAUACGUGGAUUGUCGUUAGAGGGUGCUAGUUUAGGCCUAGAAUUUUAUUUAAAACCAGACUUUUCCAAACUUUUUGAAAGCAAAGUUUGGGUGGAUGCAGUCACUCAAGUAUUUUUCUCUUAUGGCCUAGGUUUGGGUGCUUUGGUUGCUUUAGGCUCUUACAAUAAAUUUCACAAUAAUGUUUACAAACAGGCACUGACUGUUUGUUGUGUAAAUAGUGGAACUAGUGUAUUUGCAGGAAUACUUCAAUUACCCUAUACAAAUAUUUGGUCAAUUUUAUUUUUUUGUAUGGUGCUAUUUUUGGGGGUUGAUUCACAAUUUUGUACUAUGGAAGGAUUUUUUACUGCAAUAAUUGAUGAAUUCCCCCAUUUAAUAAGAGGAAGACGUUAUGGCAGGGAAAUUUUUGUUUUGAGUAUUUGUGUAAUUUCCUACAUUUGUGGGUUGUCUACAGUUACUGAGGGUGGCUUUUACGUCUUCCAAUUAUUCGAUUUUUAUGCUGCUUCUGGUUGGGCGCUUCUUUGGCUUUUAUUCUUUGAAUGUAUAGCAAUUUCUUGGAGUGUAGGAAUUGACCGUUGGUAUGACCAUUUAUACUCGAUGAUUGGUUAUUAUCCGAGUAAAUGGUGGAAAUUUUGUUGGGUUUUUACUACACCUGCUGUUUGUAUGGGUGUAAUGAUUUUUGGUUUAUUCAAAUACCAACCUCUACGUAUAGCUGCUUAUAAUUAUGAUUAUCCACUUUGGGGGCAUAUUUUUGGUUGGUUUUUGUCACUUUCUUCAAUGCUUUGUAUACCCAUUUAUGCUAUUUAUGCUUGGAUUGUUACAGAAGGAACUGUUUCUGAGAAAUUCAAAAAGCUAUUUCGACCGGAUGUUGAUUUAAUAAGCACAACUGAUGGCAAAAAUCAUCUAAAUACUCAUACAAAACCUGUUGCUGAUGGAAUUUGUGAUGGGGAUGUUUUUGAAUAA